AUGAGAAGGAAAAUUGGAAAAUGUCUCGGUCUGAUCGUGGCCGAGUCAACUCCCAUUCAAGGAAGUAGGAACCUGGUUUACGUCUUACAGACUCCGGAGGUCAAUAAUAAUCAAAUCCAUAUUUGACUUUAUGUUUUUUUAGGGUUACAAACUACUACAGAACAAAAAUCGUCCAAGUUGCUGAACAAGCCUUCAACGUGACUACUUUAUUUGAUCAGCUUCAAUUUCAAGACGACGUCGCUGCAGCCAAAAAAAUAAACAGUAUUCAAUUUAUAUUUUCUUAUAAGAAAACGUGUUUUUACAAUAGAUUUUUUUCCUCAAAAUGAUAUUUUUCAGACGGCAUCUGGACAAGCCGUUAUUGUUUGGCGAUUUUAUCGAAUGGGAUGUCUCAGAAAUUCAAGAUUUUGUCAUUUUCAACUUUUCGCGUUGCAAAACUUUGCACCAAUGCAAGUUGGAGGAUGGUAAAUUUCAGGUGAAGAAGAAGAAGAAUGAUAUUCUUAUUCGCGUAUAUAUAAAUAUUGUGAUACAAGGUUUUUAAAUUAUGCGAUUUUUGUUUUAGUAUUUAAAAGCACAUGGAUUAAAAUUUAAUAUGGUUUUUUUUCGAGGUUUUCCCAAGCCUUCUAAACCUUAUGCGCCUUUAGAAUCUCCUCUAGAAAAAAUUAACUUUUCAUAGAAUUAAAAUAUAAAAUUAUAGCCGAUAUAACAAACCCAAGAAAAAAAUUCCAGAUCCGACUUCCGGGCGUCCGAAACCCUUUCACAGCGACGUUUUGGAGCGAACUCUUCACUACGACUUUUGGUCUAAAAUUGACGAAUUUUCAAAUAUUUAUGAUGAGUUUAAGAUUUGGCGAAACUGGGCACGGUUGUCGAGCCUGACGUGUGUGUCUAUGCUUGGAUAGAGCUCAAAGUUUUGGGAGAUGAAGAGGUGAGAAAAAAUGAUUCUCCAGUUUCAAGAUAAAUAAUUAAUCAGCAAGUACUUCGAAAAAAUUGAUAUAGUCAUUUUGAACACUUUUAGAAGCUUCAAAAAAAUUUUUAAGAAAAAUUCAAGAAAAUUUUUUCGAAAAACCUCGAUUUUUUCUGAGUUUUGCAAGUAAUGAAGCUCAUUUCUUUUGGUGUGUUAAAGCCAAUUUUAUCGGAUUUUUUUCAACUUUCAAAAUUUUUAGCUACUAUUGAGUAAUGUGAAUUUAUUCAUAACUACACUUUUUAUGCAUUUUUCAGUUCAUAGUCCAUUUUUUCGUGUUCUUUUUCAGAAAGGCUAUUUCAUAGAAUCAAAUGUCGUCUCUUUUGAUUCUUUCGACAUUUCUUCACAACAUUUUGUGGGCUCGGCGGUUGGUUUUUAAUUAUUUAAAAUCGUUCCAUCUAUUUUCCUGAUUUUCUUCCAAUUUUUUCACAGUUCUUAACUGCAGUUUCUACGGAACAAAUUGAAAAAAAAAAUUCAGUGUCUUUUUCAAGUAUAUUUUAUGUUUUCAAGGGUUUUUUAGUGUCUAAAUUCAUUUUUAUGCGUAUUUUCAGCCAUGGAACGCUUCCCAGGACGUAAAUCCGUUCGCGUGUCUCCCAGCGAAACCUUGUCCUUCCUAUGAAGAUUUCGUCAUCGCCGUUGAACCGCCGCAGAACAAGUUGCCGGAGCCCAGCGAAUGGCGCGAAGUCGGUUUUUCAUAUUUCAAAGCUACAGCUGAUCACGGCUUGCUUGAGCCAUCGAAAAAUGGGUCCUGACACGACAAAAUAGGAGAGAGUGCCUUGUUGCUGGAGAACCCAGACAAGCCACGCCCCGCUCGCGUCCCAAGCUAGCCGUGAAUCGACUAUAAAUCUUUGAUAUUCUGGUUGAAAUACUGGAAAAACUGAAUUUUUAUUCCCUGGUAGAUUAAGUUUAUCCCACGGUUUAUCACGAAUUUUUGCCCUCCAAGUUAUAAAACCCUUCUCUUCGACACACGCGGCUUGUCUCCCUGUAUGCGCCUUUAAAUAAGUCCAGUUUAAAGGAGCAUGUACAAAUUAUCUUGUGAAUGCGCCUUUAAAUUAGCCUAAAAAAUUCGAUCAAAUAUUUUUCUCAGAAAUUCUUGGCCUGUCUUCCUGUGCCAUUGAUUUAGCCCAAGAAACUUCCGUUCAAUUUUUCCCUUUGAUAGGCGCGGCCUGUUUCUCUGUAUGCGCCUUUAAAGUAGUCCAAUUUAAAGGCGGAUGCACAAAUCAACCUGUGCAUGCGCCUUUGAUUUAGCCUAUAAACUUUCGUUACAUUUUUUUUUUCGAUACGCGCGGCUUGUAUUUGUGGCUGCGCCUUUAAUUUAGCCCAGAAAUUUCCGUUAUAUUAAAGGCGCAUGCACAUGGAUAGGCCGUUCUAAUCUAAGUUCUGUAUCUUGCAGCAAAAAAGCUCGCGGACUCGCCUAUGUUCCAUUUUGAAUUUUGAAAGCUUAUACAUCUCUUUCAAAGCGUGAAAUCAAUUUCGAAACUAACAUGGAUGUUUUUCGACUUGAAAAAAAAAAUUAGUUUCCAGAUUUUUAAACAUUAUAACUAUUUGACUCUUUCAGAACAUCAAAAAUCGUAUCGGCUUGUUGAUAGAAGACCGUCUCAUUAUGUGUCACGACCUUCCUCAAUACGAUUUCGUACUGCCGAUCCGAAAAGUCGCUUAUUUUUAUGAAGACAAGAACGAACAAAAGAUUCCGAUGUACUUUGCGAUUGGUAAGAAGAAGGUUUUUAAUUUUCUGAAAAUAGAAGAUUUUUUUUAAUAGUCUGUUCAGAUGUUGAAUUUCAAGUAGUCGCUCAAGCUCCGCCCCUAAUGACUUGAUAAACCAAUCAGAGAGUUUUCGAAUGACGUCAUUGUUAUUUCCAUUCAAAAUCUGAACAUGAUAUAAGACUCCUCAAAAGCAAAAAAAAAACUUGAAGAGCUAUUUGCAAAAAAAAAAAACUUCCGAAAAUGAUUAUUUUCAGGCGAAUACGUUUACUUUGACGCCAUCUGGUCGUCUUUCCACAAGAAAUAUUUUGUUCUCCGAUUGAGAUAUGCCACCGAUUAUCAGCUUCAUCAUGCCGUCGAUACUGAAGUUUAUUUUUCGUUUGAAAAUUUGGUCUUAGGCUUCUCAUUAGAGCAACCUUGUGUAGAAUUAGCUACUUUUUAAGUUAAAAAAAAAAAACCAAAACAUAGCUAUCCUAGUUCUCUGGCGUCUCUUCAGGCUUCGUUGAUCUCUAGGUUCUGUAAAAUCUAGCUCGGGUGUUUACGGAGGAACUUUAAAGGGGUUCCUCUAGGGGUCAAACUACAAGAGGUCCCUUUAGGGGGUUUAAAAAUUUUAAGGAGAUAGGGGUUUAAAAAUUUUAAGUUCAAAAGUAUCCUUCGUGUCGUGUUUGAUGGAAUUUUGACCACUUUAGGGGCGUCUCAGAAAUUUCUCAGUAGUUAGUUUCUUUGGAUUAUGAAAAAAGGUCUAAAUUGAUCCAAAAGAUAGAAGCGAUAGACUGAAGAGAGGUUAGAGAGCGAGAGUGCUCCCACUUCUCUGGUGUCUCUUCAGACUUCUUUGAUCUCUCGUCUUGGCUUUCAUUUCAGCUUUUCGUUUGAAUUUAGUUCUUCUUGAUAUCGGUUAGUAGCUUUAAAAAGUUGAACCUCGAAAUAACUUUGGACUUUGAAAAAUACUAAUAAAACGAAAACUUCAGCUAAUUCUGUCGGUGCAACUGAUUCCUGCGAACAUUGGCGAGGAGCCGGCUUACGGGUUCUACACGGAACAGUUCGGGGUGCUCCCUCACAUGGACGAUCCCAAUGGAGUUCUGGAUUUGUUAGCUGACUCGCCGGUGGCCGAUAGAACUAUCAAAGUAGGGAUAGGUUGUCUGGAAAUGAAAAAUUGUCCGAAAAUAUGGUAGAGUUCUGAGAAAUUUUCAGAAAAAUCGACCGGAAAAUGAAAAGUUUUGUUAUAUUGUUCAAAAGUUCUUGCGGUGAUUAUUUUAAAAAGGUCAUAAAUUCGCUAGAAAAUUUUCAUUCUGAUACGACAAGAUUUGACCAUCGGACAACGAAGGAGACGACUUAUUCAAUCGAUAAUAUCAAUUCCUGAUUUUUUUAAAGCAUAUUUUUCAAGGAAAAGCAUUUUUUUGAUUCAUUCAACUUUAGCUUGAGUAAAAAAACCCUAGAGAGUUGUCUGAACCUCUCCUUUAAAGUGCUAUUUCGUUAUUUUUUUGUGAUAAUAUUUUUGAAAAAAAGUCUGGAGAGACUGAUGAAUGAAGUAUACUCUGAAAAAAAAUAUUUAUAAAAAAUAGGGGUUUUUGAAUUUUUUUUAAAAAGUUUAUUUGAUGUUUUUUUAGCCAAUCUAACGUUUUCUUCUUGAUAGGAAAUCAUAAUUUUCCCCCGAAAAAAAAAAAAUUAAGGUCGCCACGAGAUGCUUGCCAGUGGCUCAACGGAAAAUCCAGCGUUUCUCGAUCCUCUCGAUUUUCUUGGGACAUGAAGACGUCGAAAAUUCAACCAAGUCAUAUUACAAAUGGAAAGAGGAGACUCAAGUUCCGGAAUGUUUUCAGAAAAAAUGAAGAUUUUUUGGGUUUAGAUUAAUUUGGGCGCCGUGGAAGGCAUCGUGAUUUCCAACGAGGGCGAUGUUUUUGCCCCGAAAUACCCGGGAACCACUUUUAGAGGGUGAGAAUUUUUCAGAGAAAGUUUUAAAAAAUAGGUAGAUUUUUUUAGCAAAAUUUUCAGUUUUAUUUCUUUUUCAUUUAUUCGGGAGUUUUUCUGCCUCCUUUAAACUCAAAAUAAAAAAAAUUUUUUUCAGAGUAAAAAGUCGAUUUUUUUCAGACCUAGUACUCCUUCACACUUAUAUUUAUUGUUCUAAACGUUUUUGCUCCAAAAAUUCUGUUUCGAAUUGUGAAAAAUUUUUUUCUAAAAAAAGUUCUAAAAAAAUGGUUAAAAUUAUCACCAAAAAGAAAAAAAUUCUUGCGGCAUUUUUUUCCUUGUUUUUUCAGAUUUACAAGGCUAGAAAAAUCGUUUGCAGUAUAUUUAAAAUGCUCUUGGAUUUUUUUGAACUUUUUAUUUCAAUUUUUCAGUAAUUUUUCAACCCAACAAAUUGGUCCCAUCGACGAGAAUUCGAUUCAGAGCGGAGAAAUCAGCAAAUGUAACAAAAAAUUGUGAAAAUUAGCAUAAUAAAAGCCCUAGACGUUCCAAAUCAAGCACUGGGAGAUAAUUUCGGCCCAUGGAAUCGUCACUUCGGCUUUCCGGCACAUGGAUGAGAACGACGUGGAGCAGAAGGUUCGGAAUUUAACUACUGGGAAAGUGGCCAUUUUAGGGUUUUUGAGAGUUUAGUGGUCACUUUAGUAGUCGAAUGAGUGGCCACUUAAGGGGCUAAAAGUUAUUGUCCUCUAGAGAAGUCUAAGAGGUACUACUAGUCCACUAAAACUGCUAUAGUGGCCACUAAAACCCAAAAUAUUAGCUUCUCUUGAGGUAGUUUUAGUGGUCACUCUAGUGUUCGUUGCAAGUGGUCCUUGAGAAACCUCUUAAGGGGCCCACUUGAGUUCUUCCCAGUAUAUAGAAUUGGAAUUUGACUUGAUUUUGUGAAAAAUUUUCAUUUACCGCAGAAAAAUCUUAAGCUUUUAGUUUUCCCGAAGCAUUUUGUUCGAAAAUUUUUGAUUUUGGUGAGGUUUUAGAUGGUUUUCCUAAUCAAAAUCGAUUUAUUUUGUCCCAGUGAACUAUUUUUCAAUGUGAAAUCAUCUUUUUUGUAUCAGGCGUAUUAUUUUUUUCAGUAAUAGAAAAAAAGCCCACACUAGCCAAUAAAAUACCUGUAAGAGCUGAAAACUGGAAAAAAUGCCGUUUUGAAAGUUUUAUGUCAUAUUUUCUGACAGAAAUCCCGGUAUUUUUUUUUAGUAGGGGUGAUAUUUGAUUGUAAAUGAGGAAGUUCUUAGGACAAAACCUCCUUUUCGUUUUCCCAGUCUUUUUUUGUUCCAAAGUUGAAAAAUCACGACGAAAAAGGCUAGAAAAUUGAUGAAAUAUUCGCCUAAAACGAAAAAAAGCUGUAUGAACUGGAAAAAUCCACCUUUUCCAGCUCCUCCUUCUAGUAGAGGCGGUCCCUGCUCUUGAAUAUGAAGGUAUCUUGAAAUCUGAAGCCGUCGGAUUCAUAGAUACCAUGGAGAAAAUCAAAGGGGCUCUGCGGGAAGAUAGAAGGUUCCUGGGAGCUUCCAAAAAAUGAUAAAUUUCGAAUUUUGGGUACGAGGUUUGGGUGAUGAGGUCUCCAAUGACGGGAGACAUCCGAAAAUCCCGUUGCGCUUUUGAAGUCGUUUCUACGACUCGAGCCGUUCCGAAAGGCGUUGUGAGUUUCAGAAAUGAGAAAUUUCAGACAAGGGGGUCAUUUUACUUUGCGGUUGGGAUUUGCCUGAAAAUUGGUCAGAAAAAUUCUUGAUGUACCGGGAAAAGGUCCUGAAAGUCUCAAUCUGGAAAUCUUGAAAUCUCCCCAUUUUCGAAAAACGAUACCUUCAAGUUGAAGAAAACACCCAAAAUCCGUUAAAAUUCCUAGGAACGCUAGAGGGAUCCCUACAGGACGACCUUAGGGACCCUUAACGGUUCCUCUCACUAAGGUCACUCUACUUUCCCUUGUGCGGGGGGGGCAUUAAAGUUAGCAAAAGAGGUCCCUAUAGAGGUUUUAGAGGAGGAUGCAAAUCUUUCAUCGUUAUAAAUCUUUGAAAAGAACCAUUUCCAUACGACAAACCCAAUAAACUAGCCUUCUUUGAGAAAAAUAUCAACAGAGCAUGAACUUUUCAAUUUUCAAGUCUGAACAGAAAAUUAGAACUCCCCUAUAGGGAACACUUGAGCUUUAGAAGCUUAGAAAUCAGAGGCUGAACCCCUAUGGGUACCACCAAAAUUUUCAACCCUACGCGGCACCUUUUUUUUACCCCUGACCCCUAUAGGGACCACUCUGACGCUCUUAAAAAUGCUAUUUUGAGGCUUGGAGCCCUUGAAAAAUAGAAAUUUGUGCUGACUGAGCCUUUCAGAAUUUUAUUCUGGUAAACCAAAGAGUGUUCUGGCAAAAAUUGACGAAGUUGCCAACCCGCAAAGCAAAUGGACCUUCCUUAUAAGGAAAAUACACUUAAAAAUUAAAAUCUUUCCCAGCACCCUCGCCGCACUGGAUCAGCCUACAGCCACUCGGGCAGUCGUAGCGGAACUUCUCAAAGCUCUUCGAGUUCUCUUUCUUCCCGAAUGUCUGGAAGAUCGGUUGAGUUUAUCGGAAUUUUCUGGAAAAAAAAAGGCGGAAAAUAGUCCUAGAACGGAAAGGUACAAGAAAAAUGACGAAAAAUCGGGAAUGGUCCAGGGAGUUGAAUUAAUUCUUUAUAAGGCUGACUGGAGAAAAAAAUUCUGUAAAAAUUGCCGCCAUGACAUUUGUGCGCUCCAUGGAUAACUUUUUAGUACCCCGGACCUUAGUAACACCGGAAGCGGUCCGGAGCGUUUCUGGUGGUAUAGUCAAUGUUUCCCGACUUGAAAGGCGAGGGAGGCGGGGCAAGGGGCGGGACGCGUAGCGUGUGCGUACGCGGUUCUUGGCACGAGUUCAAUUCAACCGCCAUCGACUCUUUGAAAAGCCCGUUUUUCGCUUUUUUCAUUUCUUUUCAAUUAUUUAUUGAUUAUGUUCAUGUGUGCAUCAUAAAAUAGUAGAAAACAUUGAAAAAGAGCGGUUGCCGAGCCUUUCAAAGAGUAGAUGGCGGUUGAAUUGAACACGUGCCAAGAACCGCGAACUCACACGCUACGCGUCCCGCCUCUUGCCCCACCUCCUUCGCCUUUCAAGUCGGGAGACAUUGACUGUACCUUUAGUAGGGUCAGCACCCUUAAGGGAGAUCUAGAUUUUUUUCACAGAAGUAUGGUUUUCGCUACCGAGAUCCGAGACAAAGAAGGAUCUACAGGGAGAAAAUUGAGAAACAUUUACAGAUUUUCCAAUUCAAAAUACAACAAAAAAGACAUCAAAAUUCGAUUUCCAGCGGUUUUUCGUUGGCGGCCACAGUUCGAAUAACGAAAGUUCGAAAUACAGCAAAAAGACAUCAAAAUAAUUUGAAAUACAACAAAAAAAACAAUAAAAAACCGAUUUCCAGCGAUUUUCCGUUGGCGGCCACAGUUCGAAUAACGAAAAUUCGUCGACAGUCGCCGGUUCUUCCAGCCGCUUCUAA